AUGCACCAGGAUUCGCGCUUGCUUUCCUGGUGUUUGUUCGAGCAACGCGUAUUUUGUUUAUAUACAUUUAGACCGGCAAUUAAAGUUGAGAGCCUAAGCCAGUUGGGUCGAGUUGGUAUACAAGAAGCGCAGUGUGUGGUCGCAGAAACAAUGUCAUAUGGAAACAGCGAGAUCGAUGACCUGGUGGCCAAGGGUCUCAAAGCUUAUGCCCUAAGAUCGUACGAAGAGGCUACUGAAAGCCUCGGCCAGGCUUGUGGACUCUAUUCUUCCAGCAAUGACGGCAAAGAGAAUCCGUCACUGCUGUUUCUGUAUGGAAGAGCUCUAUUUCGAGUAGCAGUGACGCAAUCCGAAGUUCUUGGCGAAUCCACAGCGGCAUCGGAUAGAGGUACUCCAGCAGUUGGAGCUACCGAUUCAGAGGUUGCUGAGAAAAAGAGUGGGCUGUUCAAGUUCUCUGGAGAAGACGAAGAAGACGAAGAAGAACAGGAAGAAACGAAUGAAAACGGCGAUGCUGCAGAAGGCGACGGGGAAGAGGGCAAUGAACAGGCCGAGCCAGAAGAAGAAGAGCAAACAGACUUCGAAGUGGCAUGGGAAAUUCUCGAUCUCGCACGCAAACUGUUCGACGACGAAAUCUCCUCGCUAGAAAAGUUGGACGACGAUGACAACGACAAGCAGGCCAAGAUCAAAGAAGCCCGUGUCAAGCUCGCAGACACAUACGAUCUCCUCGGCGAAAUCUCGCUCGAAUCAGGUAAGCAAACUUCGGAGGGCACAGUUCUGCCUCCGGCGGCUGGGGCUCCGCCCCAGACCCCGUGGCUCCUGCUUCGCAGGAGACUGUUGGGACCGUCGACGAAAACGACUCGAGCGAAGCGAGAGGAGCCACGGGGUCUGGGGCGCAGCCCCAGCCGCCGGAGGCAUCCCGGCUCCGAACAAGUCACUAACCGGUACUAG